GGGUCCCGAGAGGUUGUCGGCGCUCUGGCAGUUGAGUGAAGUCUGGUGGCUCCUGAGGAGUGCAAAAAUAAAAGGCCCUCAACAUUGCAAGUAGCCUAGAGGGAAGUGAGAAAGCAUCUAAAAAUGAAGGCUUUUCAGACCAUCUGCAGACAGCUCAGAAGUUCAAAGGGGUUUUCUCUAGACCCAACCGCCCAUGUGGAUUUUUCCACUUCCUCUUACUCUUGUAGCCGGAAGAAAAAAGUGAACCCUUAUAAAGAAGUAGACCAAGAAAAGUACUCUGAUUUAGUACAGUCUGUCUUGUCAUCCAGAGGCCUUGCUCAGACUCCAGAAUCAUUGUUUGAGGAAGAUAAUUUACUCUAUGGACCUGUGAGUAAGUGUAAGCCCCAAAAGCAAGAUGAGGAAGCAAAAGCUCCACGAAACUGGUGUCCUCUCUUAAUUCCGGAGAGAAGCGUAAAACCAAAUGCAACAAGCAUUCCUACGAUUCCUUUGAGAAUCCCUUUGCAGAGAAAUACCAUACCAAGUGUGACCAAGAUCCUUCAGCAGACCAUGACAUCAGAACAGAUUUUCUACUUGGAGAGGUGGAAACAGCGGAUGAUUCUGGAACUGGGAGAGGAUGGCUUUGCCGAAUAUUCUUCAAAUAUAUUUUUACAAGGGAAACGGUUCCAUAAAGCCUUGGAAAGCAUACUUGCACCCCAAGGUGACUUGAAAGAGAGAGAUGAGAAUCUCGAAUCUGGAUAUAUCGAAAGUGUCCAGCAUAUCCUGAAAGAUGUCAGUGGAGUGCGAGCUCUUGAAAGCGCUGUUCAGCAUGAGACGUUAAAGUAUGUAGGUCUACUGGACUGUGUGGCUGAAUAUCAGGGCAAGCUGUGUGUGAUUGAUUGGAAGACAUCAGAGAGACCGAAACCUUACAUUCGAAAUACAUUUGACAACCCGCUGCAGGUUGUGGCCUAUGUUGGUGCCAUAAAUAAUGAUGUCAACUAUAGCUUUCAGGUUCAGUGUGGCCUAAUCGUGGUGGCCUACAAAGAUGGAUCCCCUGCCCACCCACAUUUCAUGGACACUGAGCUCUGUUCCCAGUACUGGGCCAAGUGGCUUCUUCGACUAGAAGAAUAUACAAAGAAGGAAAAGAACCAGAAUAUUCAGAAACCAGAUUAGGGGACAGAAUGAUAUCUGGGAACAUUCACUAGUUCCUCACAGUUUGGGAAGAUCUAUUGAUGUUUACAGUAGAGAUGCCACAGGAUCUGAAAGCUACAUAACCCAAGUGGAAGUAUUUGUUGAAAUGUAUUAUAACUAAAAAGAUCAAAAAGUCAGAAAAGUUUAGAUUUUAAGGGUUGGACUUGAGCACAUGAAAGAAGCACAAGUAAGGAUGGUCUGUCAUUUACCUG